AUGUUCCCACUGCUCCAAGUGGGCCCCACAACAACGGCAACGUUAAUUGAAGGGGUAGGUUUCGCUCACGUAAUCGACACGAUGGACGCUCUUACUGAUAAGGAAAUCGACUAUUGCGUGUUGCCGACCACGUCAUUGUUGGCACUACGUCCCGAUUUCAUGCUCUCUCAAUUAAUCUCGAGGCCGCUUAAAAUUGUUGGCGAGAUUGCGUGCACUAUGGAGCUGUGUCUUAGCGCGCUGCCUGGUACGGCGCUGCGGGAAUGUGACUGCGUUAUGUCCGACCCGGCAUUGCUCCAAAAGUACGAGGCGUUGAUCCUCCAACUCGAAAGCGACCGAGGCUCACCGAUUGUGCGUCAAGUGGCGUGGGACAGCGCUGGUGCAUGCUUCAUAGUGCGUGAGCAAGCCGCACAUGGCAUCGCGGCCAUCGCAAGCAAGGAUGCCGCUCAUGAAGCCGGGUUGAACGUGUUAGUGGACAACCUCUGCGAUGACAGCCCAGAAUUAGCACAGUACCUGAUCCUCGGUCGGCAGCAAUGCCCAACAUGGCUAUCGGCCACCAUGCAAGCGUUAGCCGACGUCUACGCUCAUGUUGUUGACAUCCAGACAUACACCAAUCGGUACCAUCAAGUUCUCAUCACUGUUAGAGCGACCGUGCCCUCGCCGUUUUCGAAGCCCCCUCCUCUGCUGCUGGAGCGUCUUGACGAUCUGUCUACGUCCAUGCACGUCUUUGAUACGUAUUUCUGCCUCACCAAUAUGCCGUAA